AUGCCUACUUUCAGAAGUCAAGAUAUUCCUGAUCUCAGUGAUCAGAUCAUAAUUGUGACUGGAGGCAAUGCGGGUCUUGGUCAUGAGACUAUCCGCCAGCUGAGCCAGCACAACCCGAGCACCAUCUAUCUCGCCGCUAGAUCUCGGGAUAAGGCUGAAAAGGCUAUCGCGGACCUCAAUGCAGACAGCACGAGUAUCACCAAUAUUCGCUUUCUAGAACUCGAUCUUGCAUCCUUCGAAAGUGUCAAGAGAGCUGCAGCAGAGUUCCUCCGCCAAGAAUCUCGCCUGGAUAUCCUGGUCAACAAUGCCGGAAUCAUGAUGACCCCGGAGGGUCUCACCAAGGACGGAUACGAAACCCAAUUCGGAACAAAUGUUCUGGGUCCUGCCUUGUUCACUCAGCUGCUACUGCCAACCCUGCGGAAUACAGCGAAACUGAACAACCAGACACGCAUGGUGAUGCUAGGUUCUUCCGCCCACGCUAUGGCGCCCAACGACGUUUAUAAAUUCGAAGAGCUUCGAACGACUGCCCCCAACAGACAUACUACUGAGCGAUACACCACAUCCAAGCUCGCCAACCUUCAUUACGCUAAAGCUUUGGCCGAGAGGGAAAAGGCCGUCAAGAUCAUUCCAGUUCAUCCCGGCAUGGUCUCGACGAACCUCCAUCAUGCUUCGGCGGGGAUGUUUCUCAAACCCUUUCUCAACAUUGCAGUCUGCCUCGCUGGAACACCAGUAGAGAAAGGCGCCCUGUCUCAGAUAUUUGCAUCUGUAAGCCCCGACGCGAAACACGGGAUAUACUAUGGGCCGAUCGGCAAGGAAGAACCAGGCUCCAAGAUCGCUCAGAAUCAUGAUAUCCAGGAAGAGUUGUUCAGAUGGGUCCAAGGCGAGCUUUCAGAACAUGUCGAGAGCAUUGCUUAG